AUGACACCUGACGACUUGACAAUCGCUCGGCAGCUGUCGGCAGCUGAAAUCGGCUCUGUCAAGGUCCAUCAGCUGGAUCAGCUUCUCUUCGACGACGUCGACAUAUUCGGUUCUCGGGCCUUCAAACAAUCCAAUGUCGAUCGCCUUCUGCAUCGAUUUGACUAUGAGGGCUGUCGUAGGUUAGAUCCACUUACUUGGAUUCCCUGUGAGAUAAAACUCUCAGAACUCCAGCCGCUAGUUUCUAGCUUGAGCAGCGGCGACCCUAAAGAGAUUAUCUUGCCAGACGAUUGGAACUUGCAUUGCUUCCAAGGAAAGCAUCAAAUUGCUGCUGCUCGUGAAUGGUUAGCCCCUAGUAAUACGUGGUGGAUUUUCAAUCUGUACGACGCCGAAAGGCUGAGUGAUGAUUGCCGAAGGAGACUGCGAGAAUGCGACUCCAGGUCGCAUACUUUCACUGAUGGAGAAAUAUUUCGAAACAUCCGCCAUUAUCAGCAAAGGGAUGAAAUAGAUGCUGCUAAAGAGUGGCUUGCAAGAUGGUCGCCGACUAAAUGCGGUGAAUUUAAUCGGAUCUACGAGCCGAAGGGAAAAAGCCAAGAUGAGUUCCGCUGCCUGGGAAGAAGACUGGAUGCGCUUCUUUGUUUUCCCGCUUUAUGGACCCCGUGGCAUAUGGGAACCCAUCUCCCAAGUCUCAAAUGUCCAGAGGAGCUCUCGGAUUUCUUAGCAGAGAUUCGCUCCGCUUGGCAAUCUUUCACCUGCCAAAAUUCACAGUUUCUUGACCCCUCAACUCUUGCAAUGCUAGAAGGACGCUGUCCUCGUCUGUCAAUGGCAGACUACCAAUACAUAAAAAAUGCUUUCCAAGAUGGCUCGGCAUUUUCGAUGGUGAAUAACCCAACUCUGCGGUCGAAAAUGCAGCAUGCUGUCUUAGGUUAUCGAAAGAUAAUUCCGUCCCUCAGGACUUUUUUGGAGAACACGAAAUAUCUCAAAGCAAUGACUGACGUUGUUAAAAAGAUUCUCCCGGUGAAUUUCAAAGGCACCAUUCGUCAGGCCAUGUUUCGUUAUUAUGUGGCACCCAGGAACCAGCAAUUUUACAUACAGUCUCUAGAAAACAAAUUUGUGCAGAAAGUAGGCCCGAAAGAUUUUGGCUUUUGGUCUGCAUAUCGUCAGCUAUUUCUUUUCGCUAUGCGUCACUUCUGUGGAAUGACUGACUCGCAGCCCCUUGGAUUCAGUCAAAGUUCAAGGGCCCGAUGCCUCGAUCGAUCUGAACUAUGGCAGCGCCUUAGACUUCUCAUAAGCAAGAUUGGAUUUGUUAUACCAGGGUCUAAAUUCAAUCCCGGUACAAAUUACUUGGAGUUUACUGCUAUUCUCAGUCUUCUUACCCGUCUUCGCCCGCCUGAGCUCUUCGAAUACGAGGAAAAUCAAAUGUCCGAGUGGAGCACCAAAGUCGCCUCGUUUCUUGGCUCUAUGACUCCUCGAGUCGCUACGAUACCGGUUCCUAUUCAGACUUGCGAUAGGUCUGAGGACUGGAGUCUUCAGAGCCGCUGCGGAAUGACAGACACAGAAAGUUUUUUCUGGAUCAAAAAUACUUAUUCUUAG